UUUGGUCCCCGGGAGAACUGGCUCGGGUCUGCAAGUUCCCAUCCGGGAUGACUGGAAAGGGCUUAGUUGAGGAUACCGAAGGCUGGUGGGGAGCUGGCGCCUUGGGUCCGUGCGGGCGGAGCUAUUUGAAAGGGGGAGGUUGUGUUUGGGAGGCCGAGGCGGGCGGAUCACGAGGUCAAGAGAUCGAGACCAUCCUGGCCAACAUGGAAACCUCUCUGAGGUCUGGUGGUCAGAUUCGAACCCUGGACAGCAGUGAACACAGCCUUUUCCCUGAGCCACUGGAAUUGGACAGGAUGCCCCAUUCUCCUCUGAUCUCCAUUCCCCGUGUGUGGUGUCACCCAGAAGAGGAGGAAAGAAUGCAUGAUGAACUUCUACAAGCAGUAUCCAAGGGGUCAUUGAUGUUCAGGGAUGUGUCCAUAGACUUCUCUCAAGAGGAAUGGGAAUGCCUGGACUCUGGUCAGAUGAAUUUAUACAAAGAAGUAAUGUUGGAGAAUUUCAGCAACCUGGUUUCAGUGGGACUUUCCAGUUCUAAGCCAGCUGUGAUCUCCUUACUGGAACAAGGAAAAGAGCCCUGGAUGGUUGACAGAGAGCUGACUAGAGGCCUGUGUUCAGAUCCGGAAUCAAUGUGUGAGACCAAGAUAUUAUCUCUAAAGAAGAGACAUUUCAGUCAAGUAAUACUUACCCAUGAAGACAUAACUACUUUUAUUCAGCCCACAUUUCUUACUCAACCUCAAAAAACUAUGAGUGAAGAGAAACCAUGGGAAUGUAAGAUAUGUGGAAAGACUUUUAAUCAGAAAUCACAAUUUAUUCAACAUCAGAGAAUUCAUUUUGAUGAAAAACCCUAUGAAUCUAAGGAGUGUGGGAAGUCCUUUAGUCGUGGCUUACUCGUUACUCGACAUCAGAGGAUUCACACUGGUAAAAAACCCUAUGAAUGUAAGGAAUGUGGCAAGGCUUUUAGUUGUAGUUCAUCUUUUUCUCAGCAUCAGAGGAUUCACACUGGUGAGAAACCCUAUGAAUGUAAGGAAUGCGGAAAAGCCUUUAAGUAUUGCUCAAACCUUAAUGAUCAUCAGAGAAUUCACACUGGUGAGAAACCCUAUGAAUGCAAAGUAUGUGGAAAAGCCUUUACUAAAAGUUCACAACUUUUUCUACAUCUGAGAAUUCAUACUGGUGAGAAACCUUAUGAAUGUAAAGAAUGUGGGAAAGCCUUUACUCAACACUCAAGGCUUAUUCAACAUCAGAGAAUGCAUACUGGUGAGAAACCUUAUGAAUGUAAGCAGUGUGGGAAGGCCUUUAAUAGUGCCUCAACACUUACUAACCAUCACAGAAUUCAUGCUGGGCAGAAGCUCUAUGAAUGUGAAGAAUGUAGAAAGGCCUUUAUUCAGAGCUCAGAACUUAUUCAACAUCAGAGAAUCCAUACAGAUGAAAAACCAUAUGAAUGUAAUGAAUGUGGGAAGGCCUUUAAUAAAGGCUCAAACCUUACUCGACAUCAGAGAAUUCACACUGGUGAAAAGCCCUAUGACUGUAAGGAAUGUGGAAAGGCUUUUGGUAGUCGCUCUGACCUCAUUCGCCAUGAGGGAAUUCAUACUGGUUGAAUGACAGAAAGCAAAGUAAGACCGUUUUGUUAACCUUUAUAAUAUAUAUUUUUUUAAAAACAGGUAAUGAGAACAAAUUAGGAUACACAUUAUCAAAGGUUCUCCUACAUAAUAGUUUUUAAAGGAUACAAUAACAAAGUACCAAGUACCAAAAACUUGGUGACUUAAAACAAGAUAAAUUUAUUCUCUUACAGUUUAGAGCCUGGAAAUCUAAAAUCAAGGGUGCUGACAGUUUGGGUUCCUUCUGAGGUCUCUGAGCGAGGAUCUGUCCUAUGCCUUUUUCCUAACCUCUGUUAACAGCUGGCAGUCCUUGGCAUUCCUUGGCUUUUACAUACAUCAUUCCAAUGUCUGCCUCCAUCUUCACAUUGCAUUCUCCCUGUGUAUCUCUGUGUAUGUCUUUUCUUUUAUUUGGACACCAGUCAGGUUAGAUUGGGGUUACCUGGUAACCUCAUCUUAACUUGAUUACAUCUGUCAAGACCCUAUUUCCCAGUAAGGUCACAUUUACCGGUACCAGGGGUUAGGUCUUCAGCAUAUCUUUUUAGAGGACACAGUUCAACCCAUAAUACCCUGUUAGAAUGAUUUUGUCUAAUAUAUUUGUAAUUUCCUUUUACAUAUAAAUUGUUAGUCAAAUAUAUUUUUAUUUUAUUUUAUUUUAUUU